AUGAUUUCAAAUAAUGAUCAAGUUUCAAUGUCUUCACCUCAGUCAGAAGAAUAUCAACUUCAAUCAACUAUAACUAUUUCACCUGCAGUGUCACUGGAAUCAACGAUUGAUGAAUCAAUCUUCAUCGACUCGAUUGAUAGUGUAUCUCAACAAAAAAUUACUGUCAUCGCAAAUCGUAUACAGAACAAAUUAAUGACAGAUAAACAGCAAUAUUGUGUGAUUCCAAGUGAAAGUUCUGAUAAAUUCUGGAAAGUUUUCGGUUAUCCAACUUUCAUCGUUAAACAGGGAGACAUAAAUACAACACGUCGUAUUCCAAAUUUUUUGUCAUGUAAGAAAUGUUUUAAAACUUUUAAGUAUAGCAGAAUUAGCGGUACAGCACAAUUUAACAAUCACAUAUGUGUGAAAAAUGCAUUGGUGUUUGAUUCAUCAUCACCAUCUCCUACUAGAACGAAUUAUAAGCAGCAAAUUCUACCCAGUGGAUUUACUGCUUCAAGAAAAUUACCAACAACUGAAGUUGAAAAGGUGAACUCAUAUAUGGUUAAUUGGAUAGUUGGUGAUUUACGUCCAUUUUCAAUUGUGGAAGAUGGUGGAUUAAAAGGUCUUGCUCAAUUAUUGAUCAAUUUAGGUUCAAGUCAUGGUUCUGUUGAUAUAAACGAAGUGUUUUGUCGAGAGAGAACGAUCUCACGACGUGUUGUUGAAAUUGCUGAUAUAGCUCGCAAUGACGUUGCAACGAUUUUGUCUGAACCGUUAAUGAUGAAAUCAGUGACUAUUUGUCCGGAUAUGUGGACAGACAAGUUUAGAAAUGUUCUUUAUUUGGGAGCAACAGCUAUUUUUGUUGAUUCUGAUUAUUCAUAUCAUCAACUGGAGCUUUUUUGUCGACCUUAUACUCAAGCUGAUAAAUCAGCAUCAUCUACAAUCUUGGCAUUAAAAGAAGAAUUAAAAGAUUUUGGUAUUCAUGAUCUAACAGAAGUACAAUGGAUAUCAGACAGAGGAUCCAAUUUUAUGGGUGCUUUUCGUGAAUAUAAUCCGAUUUAUUGUUUCGCCCAUCGCUUAAAUAAUAUAUUGAAAGAAUUGUUUCACCAGAAUAUAAGAAAAAAAGAUGCAUCUCAAAAUCAAACAACAACAGAACGUAAUGAAAUUUGUGAAUCUAAUUACAAGCUAACUAGUACACAGCGUACAGCUGUAGAAAAAAUUGACGAAUAUUCUACUGAAUCUGAAGACGAAGAUUCAGUAAUUGUUAUAAUCGUCCAAGUACCUUCGUCAGCUUCAUUAAAAGCAAGAAAGUUAUUGGCAACAAUUGAUGAAUGUAAAAAAUUAGUAAAAUAUGCGAAGAAAACAACAAUUAAUAGUGAAGUUCGACAAAAAACUGGUAAAUCAUUAAAACAAUCAGUGAUAGUAAGAUGGUUAUCAUUGUAUGAAUGCUUGGAGUCUGUUAAUCAGAAUUAUGAAGAAUUAAAGAAUGUUUUAAUGAAACGCAAGCAACAACAUUGGAUGAAAAAUAUUGAUCAACGUUCAAUACAUGAAUUAUUGUUAAUAUUAAAACCAUUCAAACACAUGAUGACUAUUAUUCAAGGUGGACAAUAUCCAACAUUGUAUAUGGUAUUAUUAUGUGCAAUGAAGUUAAAGAAAACAUUCCAAUCUUAUAAAAGUAUAAUCGAAUUCAAUCAACAACAAAAUGAAAAUGUUAUUUUUCAAUACGUAGAAGAAGAUGAUGAGCCAUCAGCUCUUUGCUCACAGAACGAAAAAGAACAAUGUUUCAUUUAUAUACGUGAAGAAAUGUAUCGCCUUCAGCAACAAUUAAACGAUGAUCAACUAGAAGAACCAGAACCACCCUCAAAACGAAUUAAGGUUGUUAAUCCAUUAUUUAAAGAUUUAGAAGAUUCAUUCGUAUCAAAUCCAUGCACAGAUAUUAAUCGAGAGCUUGACGAUUUUCAGUCAAGUCAGGGUAGCUGUGAAUUCAUUUACCACGCACCACAAAUGUAUCAACCAAGACCACCUGAUGAACUACAAAGAUAUUUACAAUUAUCUAUACCAGGUGAAGCAAUUGAUCGUGAUCCAAUGAAGUUCUGGUCUAAUAUUGACACUCGACGUAAUUUUCCGCUAUUAUCAAUAGUGGCAAGAAGAAUACAUGCUAUACCAGCAACUAGUGCUUCGGUGGAAAGGUUAUUUAGUUCUGCUGGAUUAACAGUUACUCAAAGACGAACACGUUUAUCACCAAGUCAAAUUGAUAAUAUAUUAUUUAUUCGUUCAUACGAGAAAUUCAAGAAUAAGAAGUAA